UCCCGCUGACGUGUUUCGACAGACAAAGAGUUUCCAGAACGCCGGCAAUCAGAUAAAUCGUAGCAUGACUGUUGGGUAGAUCGUAGAGAAAAAAUGAUGGCGGCGCGAUUCGUAGCUGCAUUUGGCCUAACUUUGGCUUGUUCUGCGACGCGGGUACAAGCUUCUGAAGACAACCUUCAGAUAACGCGCGUACGAGGGAUCUCUCUUGAAAUGAAGGCUCUGUACGAUCCGUUGAAGGAUUUUCAAUGUCUGGAUGGAUCGAUGAAGCUACCGUUUUCAUACGUUAAUGAUGAUUAUUGCGACUGUCCCGAUGGUUCAGACGAGCCAGGAACGGCAGCAUGUUCUCGUGGGAAAUUCCACUGUGUGAACUUAAUGCAUUCUCCACUCGACAUACCGUCAUCAAGAGUCAAUGAUGGCCUUUGUGAUUGCUGCGAUGGAAGUGACGAAUAUGCUUCCGUACUGCCCUGUCCGAACACCUGUGAGGAGUUGGGUCGAGUUGCUCGGGAAGCAGCCAAGCGACGGGAAGAACUUCUCAGCCAGGGAGGACAGCUCCGACGGAGCAUGGUUGAACAAGGAAAGCUUAAGGUUGUCGAGGCCAAGCAGAAAGUAAGUGAGUUGAAGGGCCGCGUGGAGGGUGCUAAGAAAGAGCGCGACGACAAAGACCAGGCCCGGAAAGAUGCAGAGGAGUUAGAGCGUAAAAUGCUCGAUGUGGAAGCUGAACAAAAAAAGGAGCGGGAGCAAAGCAAUAAAGAUGAAGCAGACAAGGCCGAAGUGGCAGGCUACAUUGAAGAGGACAAGAAGCGUGCCAAGGAAACAUUCCAAGAGCUGGAUGUGAACGAAGACGGUCUCGUGACCUUCCAUGAAAUCAGGGCACGCCGUCAGUUCGACCAGGACAAAAAUGGUGAAGUUUCGGAAGAAGAAGCUAAGUUCUUCCUCGCCUACCUUGAAGAAGUGGAUGUUGAUGAGUUUGCUUCUACGGCUUGGCCCCUCAUUAAGCCUGUCUGGCUGCUCGAUAAACAAACACGAGAUGCUGAUAAGUCAGCUUCUACUCUGGUACAUGAUUCUAUUUUGACGCCCACGUCCGCUGAUAAAGAAGACGACCUUGAAGAGUUCGAUCAGAUUGCUGAGGAAGGCGACGACGACAGCGAUGACAGUGGAGACCAUGAGCAAGUUCCUCCUGAAUUUCCGCCAGUUGAAAAGGAAGGCUCUGAGGAUGACACCAGUAAACAGGAGGAACGUGACCCAGCUGUAAAAGCGGCGGUUGACGCUGCUGAUAAGGCACGGGCAGAGUAUCAUGAUGCAGAACAAAGAUACAAAGACAUGGAGCAGGAACUUGAGAAGUACGAGCAGAUUAUGAACGGUGAUUUUGGUGACGAAUCGGAGUUUGUUCCAUUACGUGGCGAAUGUUUCGAGCUUACAGAGAAAGAGUACAUAUAUAAGCUUUGCCCCUUCGAUCGCUGCAGUCAGCGACCUAAAGAUGGAGGUUCGGAAACGGCUCUUGGCCGCUAUGCACACUGGGAUCAAAGAGACGGCAAUAAAUACGCGGCCAUGAAAUUUGAAGGCGGUACUGGCUGCUGGAAUGGCCCAUCGCGUUCGACCGUUGUCAUCAUGCAGUGCGGCCUUUCGAAUCAGCUCGUGUCUGCAAGUGAACCUUCUCGGUGUGAGUAUCAGUUCGAAUUCUCCACUCCGGCUGCUUGUACGACCGGCAUGCUUACUGCCAACCAACAGAGUCACCAUUCGGCUGGAACCGAACAGGCAAACUCAGCUAACGACGAUUUGGACCACGACGAGCUCUAAUCGCAAGAAGACAGAACGUGCAAGUGCUCAGUUGCUGACAGUGAAACCAUCAGACGACGCCUAAAGAAGGCCCGGUUAUCUGAGGGGUCUUAAAAAACCACAGACAAUAUCCGAUACGAAACACUACCACUGACCUGCUUUUUCACAAAUGCACACCAGGGUUUACUGUUGGUCGUCUUUCCUUUGUUAUUUGCUACGAAUAGAAUAACGAAAACGAUACUGACGAGUGUAGUAAAUGAGUUCGUUGUACUUGAGGAAUGAGAUGAAUGCGAACGACGUCAGAUGUGUUAAUAUGAAGCAUUUGGUCAUUCGUUUUCGGUUCCCAGUAUUAGUAUAUUAAUUCGAAUAUACUAUUAAGUAAUGUAAAGCUUAAGUUAUUGCCUUCCAAGGAAGUCACAUUGACGCAUGUGCAUGUAUUACCGUUUUGUCAGGAUAAUCGGAGGUAGUGAAAAAUUUUCAGUAGAAAGGGAAUAAGCUUUUACGCUCGAAAAGAUAUACAACAGGAGAUACUUCGAAGACAGGAUUCAUCAUUUAACGUUUUUAUUUUGGCCUUCAUUGUUCGUAUCUUUGACAUACUUACUUUUUCAAUAAAAAGUAUAUAUAAAUAGCCUGCGUGAUGCCUAAGUGUGAAAUUACAGAGCCACGCAAUUAGAUUAAGGGUAUGUAAAGUUACAAGGCCACGCGACUAGAUUAAGGGAAUGUGUAUGUGAACUUUCUGCUUUGAAUAUACGAAUACAGCAAGUAAAUGACGGGUAAGAAUGAAUGUUUGAACUGA